AUGAAGUUGUCGAUUGAUUACAAGGUUGUCAAAUCUACACCGACAUUAUAUGCUGAGGAAUGUUGGAGAGCCGGCGAUGGGUGUGGUUGGCAAGUUCGAGCUACAUGUAAGCUCGAUUUCAGUACAGAGUUUCGUAUAGGAAAGCGUAGUUGGCGAAACAAAUGGCUAUGCAAUAAUUGUAUGGUGACUGGGAUGAGUCAUACAAUGAACUUCAGGGUUGGAUUUCAGCGAUGGUGGAGUACAUCCCAAGCCUUUCCCCACUGCAAACCGCUAGUGCAAAUUGAUGGAACAUGGUUUUAUGGAAAAUACACCCAGAUACUUCUGAUUGCAGUUGCACAAGACGGUAACAGAAAUGUACUACCAAUCGCUUUUGCCAUCGUGGAGUCUGAAAACUCGGAAUCAUGGGCGUAUUUCAUUCAGAACUUACGGAGACAUGUUGUCAGGCAAGACAACAUUUGCAUUAUCUCCAACAGAUCAAACGGUCUUGUUGCUGCGAUUCGACAAUCUGAGGUUCCAUGGAGGUUCGUCUAUUGUAUUUGUCACAAUGUUGUCAACUUCCACAACCAGUACAAGAACAAAGACUGGCGCAAACGAAUUGUGAACAUGGGAUACGAGCUGGAAGCACACCGUUUCAAAUAUAAGUUGGCGAGGUUAGAGACUGAUAUGGCGGGGUCCAAUCCUUCUCUCAGAAAAUGGUUAGGUAGCAUGGAGCCGUGGCAAUGGGCUCAAUGUUUUGACGAGGGGUACCAGUAUAGUCAAAUAACAACUAACCUCGUUGAGGCCAUUAACUCUGUCUUGAGGCGUACGCGUCACUUUCCAAUUUCAGCGAUUUUUUCAGCCAUAUUUUAUAGGCUAGCAACCUUAAUGCCAAAAAUGGGGUUGAAACAAGCAACACAGUUAGAGGCAGGACAUGUGUAUGUCGAAAAAAUUAGGGAUGCCAUGAAAGAGAAAGCUCAAAGGGCUAGGUCGAUGAAUGCAGAACUAUAUUCUUGA